AUGACAGAAAACAGAAGGUCUUUCAGAAACUUUUUUCUUUACAGUUGUCUGUUUGCAUUAACUAUUUGGAAACAUGUCAGCCCGUCUCUGGAAAAUGAACUCGUUACAUCUGUUCAUAAUGAUUUUCAAGAAGAUGGUUCAGUCAAUAGCCUGCCGCUGCCAUAUAGAAGUAGUCAUCAGUCAACAGCUGAUUUGGACUGGGUUGUGAUAGAAAAUACUACAGAAAGCCUGUCAUUGUCAGAGAUCACAAAUCACAAUGUAAAAAAAUUAGUGGUGUUAUUAUCUAAUUUCAGACAAGGCUCCAGGUUACAAAAUCUGACACUGACAAAUGUCUCAGUGGACUGGAAUGCUCUUAUUAAAAUUUUUCAAACUGUAUGGCAUUCAUCCAUUGAAUACUUCAAUAUGAACAAUGUAAUACAAUUGUCAGAGGUAGAAAGAUAUAACUUUAACUACUCAGGUACCUCUAUGAAAGCAAUUACAAUGAAGAAAGUUACAAUCACAGAUCUGUUCUUCUCACAGGAUGACCUAUACGACAUAUUCGCAAACAUGAAUAUUGCAGCUUUGACAAUAGCUGAAUCGCAGAUGAUACAUAUGGUGUGCCCUCUGUCGGACAGUCCCUUUAGAUACUUAAAUUUUAUAAAGAAUGAUUUAACAGAUCUUCUUUUUCAAAACUGUGAAAAAUUAAUUCAGCUGGAGACAUUGAUCUUAAAGAAGAAUAAAUUUGGGAGCCUUCACAAGGUAAGC